AUGUCAGCAUCCGCUCUUCUGGUACUCUGUGCGCAAGCUUGCUUGCUACAGAAUGUAUACAGUCAGAGCUUGGGUGCUGGACGUGGCGUAGCUCCAACUAUCGGCACUGAAUAUGAGCUCGGUUGCGAACCAGUUCUUGCUGCGGACAUAGCUUACGCUCCAAGUUUCUCUACCGGUAUUGGAUACGGAUAUGGCCUCCCUGGCCCAGCUUCAUUUACAAGUCCCGCUGCCUUUGCAGGCCCCGCGGCUUAUGCUGCAGGCCCGGCUUACGGAGGUGCUGGCAUCGGAGACGUAUCCGUAACUGGCGAAAUUCCUGUCACCGGUAUCUCUCUUGUCGCUGGCCAGAAUGUAUACAGUCAGUGCUUGGGUGAUGGACUUGGCGUAGCUCCAAAUAUCGGCACUGAAUAUGAGCUCGGUUGCGGACCAGUUCUUGCUGCGGACAUAGCUUACGGUCCAGGUUUCGCUCCCGGUGUUGGAUACGGAUAUGGCCUCCCUGGCCCAGCUUCAUUUACAAGUCCCGCUGCCUUUGCAGGCCCCGCGGCUUAUGCUGCAGGCCCGGCUUACGGAGGUGCUGGCAUCGGAGACGUAUCCGUAACUGGCGAAAUUCCUGUCACCGGUAUCUCUCUUGUCGCUGGCCAGGUCAUUGCAGGUCAGUGCCUGGGCAAUGGGCUUAAUAGUAACAUAUUCACGCCAGGCCAAGUUGCUGCUGAGGGUAUGGGUUGGGGGGGUCAAGGAUUUGGCUACGGAGCCCCAUUCGGUGCUCCUUGUGCACCGGCUCCCUUGAUUGCUUCUGAAUGGGCACCUUUAGGACCAGCUACAGUUCCUUCAUCCAAUGGUGGUGGUUUCAUUGUAACAAGUUCCUCCCCUAUCUCACCUAUCGGUGUCUCUGUUAUCUCGGACAAUGAGUACGCAGGUCCUCUAGCUGUUGGUGGUCAGCUCCCAUUCUUAGGUACUGUCGGGUUGGAAGGUACUAUUACAAGUACAGGAUCGGGAGCUGUUUCAUACAGUUGCGGUAAUGGUAAUGUUGGAAUUGUGAGCGAGAACAUACUCCCCUCAGCCGCAGAAAUAGGAUACGGUAACGGUUUAGCCCCUGGUUUUGGAUUUGGUCCUGGUUUUGGUGGACCCAGCUACGGAUUUGGACCUGGAAAUUUUCUUCAAAGCGGUCUCAAUAAAUGCGAAGCCGCAUAA